AAAGGGGAGGAAUACGUGUUUAAACUUUUCAAUGGAAUCUGAGCGUGUUUGCAUGUUUUUCUCUCAGCUUAGUAUAUUGAAUUAAUUAUUAAACAAAAAAUGCAUUAUUCCCAGUCGAUGGUUAAGAUAAACAUGAAGCUUGGGUUUUUACUCAAAUCCCUAAAAACAAUCGAAUAUUCGUUUUAAAUUAUCAUCACAUAAGAUCAAUUUAAGUGGUUUUCCAGUGUUAAACCAUGACCUCAUAUCAGCUAGCUCUUUGUUCCUGAACCGCACUUCCUGCGAUAGAGUUAAAUCGAAGUGCAUGCCACAAGUGGUGCGACUCGAACAUGUUUCCAUGAUUACUUUGCAAUGUGGUCGCACCACGUUAUCACUCAACUACGAUAUGAACUGAAUGCGGUGAACCACAGAGACAAAAGUUAAAAAAACAAGAAAAAACAGACAAAAGUCGCUGAAGUUUCCAGCUCGAUUCGGCUGUUUUAAUUCAGGUUCGCAGUGUUCUCAAUUCCAAAAGUGGAACAGCAGUUGGAGGAGUCAUAAGUGCUCCAUUAUAAUCCAGGUUAAUCCAAGGUCAGACUCGUUAAUCGCAUAUCCGUAGAAAAGUCAAGCGCAGUAAGAAGACUCUAGUACUCCAGUAGCUAUGGACCACGCUCAUCACAGUGCACCAGGCGUUGAUCACUCGAUGAUGCAUCAUGAUCACUCGGCCAUGCAUCAUGAUCACAACGCGAUGGGUGCUGCAGUGGCAACUACUGUCUCGCCACUUGAUCCUGGGUCCAUGUUUGAUCUGAUUCCCGACGCCAGCGAUUCGCAUGCGGCACACGCGGCACACGGUGGUCACAAUCAUGGUGGUGGCUCUGGCACGGGGAUGGAGCACAUGAUGCCCAUGGCGUUCCACUUUGGCUACAACGAAACGAUCCUUUUCUCGUGGUGGCAUAUUGAAACUGUUGCCGGUUUAAUAGGAUCCAUGAUCGCCAUCUUCCUGCUGGCCCUGAUGUACGAGGGACUGAAGUAUUAUCGGGAGUAUCUGUUCUGGAAGACGUACAAUUUACUAGAAUAUCGGCCGGUGACGGGACCCCAAAGAAAUCCAGAGGCUCCACGUAUUCCAUCGCCAGCAGCAGCAGCUCCUUCGCCCGUGCAAUACGUGGGCGAAGUUGUGCACAAGCAACCACCUUCGAUGCUGUCGGUUAAUCACCUGCUUCAGACGCUGCUGCAUGUGCUUCAGGUGACUUUAUCCUUUCUACUCAUGCUGAUCUUCAUGACCUACAACGUAUGGCUCUGCCUGAUGGUUGUCCUGGGCGCCGGCGUUGGAUACUUUUUGUUUUGCUGGAAGAAAUCGGUAAUUGUGGAUGUCACCGAGCACUGUCACUAACAGAGAACCACCGGUAGCCUCAGCCGCCGAUGUCUCAUGGAGGCGGGGGCGGAGGCAUUGGAGGAGCAGAUAUCCAUCUGAACGAAAGGCGGAGGCGUUGGUGCUAAGUUUAAAUUCCCGGAGGUUCUCAUCCUAAUACAACAUACCCCUGCCACAUGCUAUUCUCUAUGCCCUAGCCUAUAACUAACUUUUAAGCUGGAUGUAAACGAUGCAGUGGCACCGCCUUGGUGCCCGGAAUAUCAUAGCCAGCAACCGAUGCAUCGUUUACAAUCAAACUUAAAUCCCGACAUAAAGAUCAACUAUGUAAAUGGUCUACUCGCAAGCAUUUGCGGGCAAUCGUUGUAAGUCCAAAGUGUAUAAUACUACAAGAGAACAAAUUGUUCGUAGGAUUCCCCCAAAAGCAAAUACUUUUUUUUUUUUGUAUCAUGAUUAUUAUAUACCAUUUUGUAUCCUUAUUAUACGAUUAUGAUAAUUAUUAUUUGGUAAUAAAAAUCCAUUCUUUUUUA